AUGGGCUUCUCCAAGCCGGGCAAGGCCAUGGGGGCUUCGCUGACGAACAAAACGUCCAACAAGCUCAAGCGCAAGGAGAUGUACGUCCUGCAGAAGAAGGACAAGGACAAGGCCCAGCGUGAGAUGCGCUUCCGCCGCAAGAAGGAGGAGGACAAGGACCCCGAGCUCCGCGCCGCGCGCCUUGCAAAGAACAAGCCCAAGACGCUCGACAGCAAGCGCAUCUGGGACGAUGUCGACGAUGACAGCCUGGGCAACGUGGUAGACGUCGAGAAGCUCAAGAAGAGAAGGAUAGAAGAGGAGGAGAACGCGGCGCUGGAACAGGAGCUCGACGACGAGGAUGGUGAACGAGACGAAGACGAUAGCGAUAAUGAUAGUAUGCUGGACUCGGACGACGAGGCGGCCGAGGAGAAAAAGGCGGAGAGAGAGAGGCGGCGCGAGGAGAAGCGCCGCGCGAAGCGGGACUCCUCCGCCGCGCCGUCGACGACGUCGACAAACCUCGACCUCACACCGUCCUCCCUCGCCCUCAAGUUCCCGAGCCUCUUCACCGAAGACGCGCCCCCGCCGCCCAAGAUCCUCAUCACCACCUCGCUCAACUCGACGCUGCACCACGAGGCCGACAUCUUCCGCACCGUCUUCCCCAACUCAACCUACGUGCCCCGCUCCGCCCACCGCUACGGUCACAAGUACUCCCUCCGCGAGAUCUCUAAAUUCGCCGCCAACCGCGACUACACCGCCGUCGUCCUGCUCAAGGAGGACCAGAAGAAGCUGACGGGCAUGUCCAUCGUCCACCUCCCCGCCGGUCCGACCUUUUCCUUUACGAUUACAAACUUCAUGGAAGGCAAGAAGCUGCCCGGCCACGGCAACCCGACGAACCACUACCCGGAGCUCCUCCUCAACAACUUCAAGACCCCGCUGGGCAUGCUCACGGCCGCCCUCUUCCAGCGCCUCUUCCCCCCGCAGCCCGAGCUCGAGGGCCGCCAGGUCCUGACGGUGCACAACCAGCGCGACUACCUCUUCUUCCGGCGCCACCGCUACGUCUUCCGCGAGAAGCGCGAGACGGAGAAGAAUAUCACCACGGCAGAGGGGUCCGAGAUGAAGGGUGUCGAGGGCAUCCGCGUCGGCCUGCAGGAGGUUGGUCCGCGGUUCACGGCUAAGCUGAGACGGGUCGACAAGGGUAUCGGCAGGGCGGGCAGCGAGGGCGAGGAUUCGCAGCCGUGGGAGUGGAAGGCCAAGAUGGAGAAGGACCGGAAGCGAUUCCAGUUGUAA